GAGAGUCCAUAACUAAGUGCGCAGGUUGAAAGAUGGUAGGGGAACGCAGCGAUGGUGGGGGAAAGCGAUCCGCCAAUCGCUUUCCACUUCCGCUGGAAGUAUCGCCAAUCAGAGCGACAAUGCGCAGAAAAGAACGAAAACUGGUCUUUUCGCAGUUAUGGACUCUCGUGACAUCAAGUAUAAAUAUAACCUAAACUGGUAUAACCGUGGAUAUUAACGUGUCUGUUUGAAAGUUGAAACAAGAAAUUGAAAAAUGAAAUUUUUAAAGAAACGACGAGAAGAAAAAGAAAGAGCUUUGUACGUUCGUUUACCGCAUGUAAUUCGCGAGGAAGAAGAUGUUGCAAAAUUAUUUACCGGUGACUUUAAAGUUAACCUUCCUCGACAAUCUACCAGAUAUUGCUACGUAAUAUUUCCUGACACUGAAAGUAAAAUGAAAAAUUUAAAAAUGGCACGAAACACUCAAAUAAAUGGAAAACCGAUUGUGGUUGCUCCUGCAAUUACUAAAUUUGAGAAAAACAGAAAGUUGAAAAGGAAAAAAAUCGUUAUACCUAAAGUAAAAGAUGAAACAAGAGUAACGAGAACCCUUUUUGUUUCAAACAUUGCACUUGAAACAAAAUCCCAGGAACUAAAAGCAGCUAUUCAAGGAUGUGAGUCUGUGAAGAUGUUGAAACCACAUUCAGAAAAGUGCAGGUCUGCAAUGGUUAAAAUGGAAGAUGUUUGGAAAGCAGCAGACUAUAUAUUGAAACGGAUAGAUCGACCAAUUGUGAGAGGACGUAGAUUAAGAUUUAAUCCUGAUACUAGAACUAGACAUAGACCAAAAAAGACAGGACCACUUAAAAUAUAUGAUGGUGAAACAGAAAUAAAACCAAAACCUGAGCAAAAAAAGAGUUUAAUAAGAGAAAGAAAACGAAGAAGUAGCCAAGUUCUAGGUCAUAUUGUACUUGAAAACAAAACACGAAGUUAAUUGUUUUAUUAAAAUAAGUUUUCCGCAUAUAUAUAUAUAUGGUAUAUGUAUAUAUAUAUUAAAUUUUAUUAAUUGCAUAAUAUCUAAUGUAUUCAAUAAAAACCUUGCACGAGGACGUGCGAAGCGCGUUGCUGUUUUAUUUAGUUAGUUAGUUCUGUUCAGAUAUGUUUGCCAUGCAGUUUUAUAGAACCCAUACAUAAAUAAAAA